AUUUUCGUGACUCUUCUACCGAACGUUUUCAAAAGUGGGAGCUUCGCAUUUGGGAAUGUUUUCUCGUAGGGGUGACAGACCAAAAUAUCCUAAUGUAUACUGUAAAAUACACAACCCGAGUGUGAGUGAGCCAUUUGUCAGUAAUUAUUUGGGACAACAAUCCAUAAUCGUUGAUGCAGAGAACUCGUUCAUCUGGUGACCAAAACAACUGUAUUUAUACAUACAUUUUGUCCACUGCUUUUGUGAAAUCAUAGUUAAACGUUACGAAACAGACUCAAAGGUAAAAUAGAAAUUAGCAAUUUUCGGCUUUGACUGUACUCAUACUUGGAUGUCAGUAAUUUCAUCCAAGUGUAAGGAGCUUGGAGAUUGGUUUAUUACGAAUACUUUAAGAAUCAGUGAAAUUUUUCCUUUUAACUCAAUGCUUGAUUACAUUAAUUUUUUUCUGAUAGACUGGUGCACGCAGAAGUAGCUUGAUCAUCACCAAUAAUAAUUCUUCAGAAGUUAAAACGAUGAUGGAUCUGUUUCAAAGGGGGCUUGAUAUAUCCCGUUUGCAGCCAUGUCUGGGUAGUAGAUAUACCAUCAGCGAAGAAUAUUCUUGGAUCACUUAUCAAGAGGUUGACGAAAAGGUUCAAGCAUUUGGAUCGGCACUUGUUGAAGUUAUGAGUGAUUACUCAGAGUCCGAAAAGUUUGUGGGUAUUUUCGGUCGAAAUUCUGUACAGUGGUUUGUUACACAGUAUGCAUGUUUCUGCUAUUCAUUUACUGUUGUCCCUCUUUAUGCCACUUUGGGAGAUGAAGCAAUGGAAUAUAUUCUUACUCAAACUGGAUUAAUUACACUAGUGUGUUAUUCAGCAGAUCUCGCCCUCAAAAUUUUACAGAAAUUUACAUCGUCAUUAAAGGUCAUUAUUAUUGCUAUUCAAGAUCAACAGUUCGAAGAUCUCAAAGUACAAUAUGGCUCCUCUGUGAAGUUUUAUUCUUUCGACGAAUUCUUGGAUAUGGGAAAAAGAGUUCUGAAAUCGAAAAUUCCUCCUUCGCCGCAAGACCUCUGUCUCAUCUGUUACACCAGUGGCAGUAGUGGUUUACCUAAGGGGGUCAUGAUUACACAUGAAAACCUCGUGGACACUGUUUGUUCUACGAUAGAAUCUACAGAGGAAAAGAUUUACUGCAAGAAUUCUUUGCACUUUUCCUAUCUACCUUUCGCGCAUAUUAUGGAGCAAGUUUCUUCUUCUGCUGCAGUUUUCAGUGGUGCACAAAUUGGAUUCCUUACGGGCCCAAUUACAGGUUUACUAGAUGAUGCUGAAGCUCUGAAACCUACCGUUAUUCCUGUGGUUCCACGUGUACUGUCACGCAUAUACGAAAAGUACAAUUUAGCACUCGGGAACUCAUUUAUAAAAAGACAGUUAUUUAACUAUACUUUUAAACGCAAUUUAAAAAUUCUUAAUAGUGGGAAAGUGAACGAUGAAGACAUUCUCGAUUCAUUGUUUUUCAAAAAACUUCGCCAGGCUCUUGGUGGGAGAGUGUGCAUGAUAAUCACCGGUGGGGCAUCAAUUUCACCUGAGCUGUUCACCUUUUUUCGGGUUGCUUUCAAUGGCCUUAUUGUUUCAGGAUAUGGAUCUACUGAAAUUUCUGGAGUAGCUAGUUUAACUGUGUUGGGAGAGUGCCAUACAGGUAUUGUUGGUGCAAUUACAACUAGGUUGGAAGUAAAACUUGCUGAUGUUCCUGAUCUAGGCCUGGUGGCUAUGAGGGAUAAUAGAGGUGAGAUUUGCGUCAAAGGGAAAAGGUGUACUAAGGGUUAUUACAAAGAUCCACAAAGUACUGCGAAACUUAGAGAUUCUGAUGGUUGGUUGCAUACUGGUGAUAUUGGUGAAUGGACCUCAGAAGGUGCUCUAAAAAUUGUUGAUCGUGUAAAAAGUAUGUUUAAAUUAGCACAAGGAGAGUACGUUGCUCCGGAAAAAGUAGAGAUGGUGUAUCAGGAGUGCCAGGUGAUAGAUCAAAUUCUCGUUGAUGGGAAACCGGAACAGAAUUUUCCUGUUGCUGUUGUAGUUCCAAAUUUCCCGGUUCUACGCUCCUACAUACAGCAUUCGUCCAUGUCUGACAGUGAUGCAAAUGACGGUGAAUUCCCUAUCCUGGAAACUGUAGAUGCUAAUCAGUUGUCUGAUGCAGAUUUAUGUAAAAACAAACGAAUUAUCCGGUUAGUUUUACAGAAAAUGAAUAAAAUCGCCACAGAAAAACAACUAAAAGGCUUCGAGAAAGUGAAAUCCAUCUACCUAACUGAUCAGAUAUUUACGAUUGAAAAUGGAUUGCUAACACCGACUAUGAAGUUAUCACGACAAAAAGCACGUCAACAUUUCAAAUCUGUCAUCGAGAUGUUAUAUGCAGAAACAGACACAUCGGAUACAAGUUGAUAGUAACGAUAUUAUAGAUAGACUGACGAUUUUAUUUGGAAAGGGUCAUUUGCACAAAAUCUACGAAAAAUGGUAUAUGAACACUUGGAAAACAAAUGAUUCAAGAUAAUGUUCAUCAUUUAUAAUUUCAAUGAUUUUAAACAGCUUUAAUUUCUGUAUAUCCUAUAUACAACUAAUACAUUAUAUUUUGUCUUUAUAUUCUAUACACGGAAAUAAGUGCUCCUGUCGGAUAACAAGGUAAUUUGAAUGCAGAUUGGAUCACAGAAAUUUUCUCAUCUACCGAAAGAUCGGAAUUCAUUAUCGGUGGGUUAGUAGUAGUUAUGAUGAGGGGAGUUUCAUUGUCAUGAGCUAUUCACUCCUAUUCGUUCGUCAAAGGAAAAUCUACUUAACAUGAUCAUCGUAGCUUUCUGUAGGCUUAUUACUGCUGCUGCUGCUACUACCAUACCAACAUAUUGUGGCCUACUGUACUGAUUGUGAAACACCAGGCAAAGCAGCGGGAUCUGAUGGAGUGACUCUAGAGGUAUUUAAGUAUGGUGGAGACAGUUUACUGUCUGCAUUAACUGAGGUUCUAAGCAACCUCUGGAAUCAGAGGAAGUCCCAUCGGGUUGAUGUAAGUCACUGAUCAUCCCGAUAUACAAGAAGGGAGACAAGUCUUCCUGUGAUAAUCACAGAGGGAUUAGCUUGACUAAUAUAGUAUAUAAAGUCCUAGGCUCAAUAAUCAUGCGUAGACUAAGUGGUGCUCGAUAGGCACAAACACGAGAGAACCAGGCAGGCUUUAGACCAGGAAGAAGGUGUAUUGAUCAUAUUUUCACCCUUAGGCAUUCCUACUGGCGUCCAACAAUCGUCAUAUUUCUUGACCUAAAAACGGCCGUCAUUCGAUUCUGUCGACCGAGAGGUUCUCUGGCGAUGCUUGGCUGUAAAGGGAAUGACGAGAAAAUGCAUUGCACUGAAUAAGGAACUCUACUC